AAAGGAAGGAGGGGGAAGAGGCUGCGAAAUUUGGGAGUUUGUGAAUGCGACACGGACUCGUGUUUUACAGCCGCGACAUUUGUUUUAAAUAAGCGACUGUUUGGAUGAACAUGAGGUUUAUCGACGUUUUAUUACUGUAACAGUCACCGACGGGGGGCCUUGGCGCAGCUUCUCUCGCAUCAACAAACAUUACACAGUUCUUUUUUAAUGAAUGGGCUCUUUCACCGGGAUGAGGCAUCAGAGGAGUGCAGCUGGAGUGGUAACAUAUCAGAGGAGUCUCUGCGUAAGAUCACUCACACGCUGGCCUUAAAGAAUGAGGAGAUCUCAAACUUCGUCUGCACUGUCAAACAGAGCCUUGAGAACUUGGAGGCAAACUCCAACCGAGUGCAGGAGGACCUGGAGUCCGAGUUCACCUCCCUGCACACUGUCCUGAACGAGAUGAAGGAAAACAUGUUGACCCGCAUCAAGCAGGAGAGAGCCAGCCGCACAUAUGAGCUGCAGAGUCAGCUGAGCGCCGGCUCCAAAGCCCUGGAGAGUUCGGAGGAGCUGCUGGAGCUGGCCAACCAGACGCUCUGCUCCUCUGAGACCGACGGUUUCACUCAGGCGGCCAAAGACAUUAAGGAUAGCGUGACGAUGGCUCCGGCGUUUCGACUCUCCCUGAAGGCAAAAGCCAGCGACAACAUGAGUCACUUGAUGGUGGAUUUCAGCCAGGAGAGGGAGAUGCUGCAGAGUCUCAAGUUUCUCCCAGUUCCUGCCACUCCAGAGAUCCAGGUGUCAGAGUGCCAGGUGUGCGACAACACAGUGACUGUAGUUUGGACUUUACCUGAAGCUGACAGCAAGAUAGACCAUUACAUACUGGAACAUCGGCGCACAAAUCAUGAAGGUCCACCACGCAUCAGAGAGGACUACCCAUGGAUGGUGGUGGAGGGGAUACGAGAGACUGAGCACACACUUACAGGUCUGCGCUUCGACACAAGGUACAUGACGUUCAGAGUGAGAGCGUGUAACAAGGCCGUGGCUGGAGAAUUCUCUGAACCCAUUACGCUAGAAACCCCUGCCUUCACAUUCAAACUGGACUCUGGUUCGUCCCAUCAGAAUCUGAAAGUGGAAGACCUGAAUGUGGAAUGGGACAGCAGUGGCGGAAAGGUGCAGGAUAUCCGCAAAGAGAAGAACCGAACCAACUCCCCGAUGCACUCCCCGGCCAGGUCAGCCCUGAUGUCCCCAAAGAGAGCGCCAACAGCCCGACCUGGCAGAGACAGGUUUACAGCCGAGUCCUACACAGUGCUGGCUGACACUAUGAUUGAUGCUGGCCAGCACUAUUGGGAAGUGCGCUUCGACAAAGAGAGCAAGGCCUUCGCUGUGGGCAUAGCACUGCGGAGCCUCGGCCGGUUCGACCAGUUGGGGAAGAGCGGCGCUUCCUGGUGCAUUCAUCUAAACAACUGGUUGCAGCAGAGCCUCACAGCAAAACACAACAACAAGGCUCGAACCCUCGACUGUGCCAUCCCAGCCAACAUAGGAGUCUAUGUUAACUAUGAUGAAGGUAUACUGUCUUUUUACAACGCCAAAACCAAGCAGUUGAUGCACACCUUCAAAACAAAGUUCCAGCAGCCGGUUAUCCCAGCUUUUAUGGUGUGGAACGGAAGUUUCUCAGCUGUGACGGGCCUGCAGGUUCCCAGCUUGGUGCAGAGUGGCCAGAGGAAGAACAGCGGCACCAGCAGCUCCAACGCCAGCCUCACCUAGAUCCACCCACCCAGCUGGACACCGCCCAGCUCUGCCUGGCCUCAGUCACUGCCGCGGAUCAUAUCCUCUGCACCAACUGCGGUCGAAGCCAUAUCACAGAAGAGUUACAUCACUGGAGUAUGAUCGUUUCGGUGUUGCAUGACAGCAAAAAUUGAUUUUUGAGAGCGAGUGGGUCAUCCGAUUUCUGUGACUAACUUCUUCUGAUGUAUGACUCGCUGUUGUAACUGCUUGGGGUGCACAUACUGUAAGUCUUAAUAGUUUUCCUCUUGCUGCGCAUUCAUUCAGCGCUGCUGCUAGAGCAAUGAUUUAGCGCUGGCCGCUGCUUUCUCUCCAUCACCAAAACCUGCCAGCUGUGCUGUCGUGGAUCCAGCUGCAGGUUCAGGGUCCUGCUCUGUCUUGUCCUGUCUAUCCCUGUGCCUUCCUUCUCAUUUCCAAACUGAUAGGCCAAAUCAGGUGAUCUGCAACUACACAAUUAAGUUUAAUUGCUAGAAAAGACUUUCUCCAUUCGUUAAACCCAUAAAUUGUGUCACUGUUGGUAAAAGUUUGCCUUGAUUAGUGUUUACUUACCAGUCAACCUCUGAGCAGGAGGCAGUUCUGCUGUAACAGCAGCUACUAGAUUAUUAACAAAGGGUAUUUGUUUUCUUUGCCAAGGCAUGCAAACUCAUCAGUGUUACUGAAUUUCUCCUUGUAGUCAGGACAUGCACUUUGCGAGCAGGAAACUGGGUUCUUCAGCUUCCUGUUGAGGUUUUGAUUGUUUCAAGCCAGUGUUGACCAUAGUCAAGUCUGACGAAUCCUACCAGAAAAUUUGAGGGGGUUUCCUUCAUUUUUAACUUUGUUUUGAAGUUGUAGAUCAUCCAGGAUUUGGGGAAUAACUGUACUGAAUGCUCUGUUUACCAGACAGCUCUCUAAUGCUCUUAUGUGUCUAUAUCCUAUAACACUUUACUUGCAGCAAAGAGAUCUUGCUAUAAGUAGUCUACUGCCUGCAGUCCAAAUAUAUAAUAAUUAGAUAGCUAGUAGCUCCAGGUAACAAAUUGUUUCAGAGAAAGCCAGUUUUGCAACUCAACUGCAAGUGAUGAAACUCUCGAAACAAAUACUGAAGUCCGUAUUUGUGCGCCGCCCAGUCUUUGAGUAGCAUCCAUGUUACAUGUUAUACACAGUCACGUAUUUCCCUCUGUAUGCGUCUCCUGAGUAACUUUAGCCUGCAAUGCUUUAAAGAAGCACCCAGCUGAGAUUUUCUGUUCACUUUAUUUCACAUGCAGACAAAAUGUCACAAUUUAUUGUAAAUAGUUUAAUUUUUCCACUAUAAUGUAUCAGUCAUUGAGGUAAUAAAUGAGUGAGAGAA